GCUGCGCGCGCGCGGCCGUUGGUGUCUCCUCAGGCGCUGACGGGGCCUCGGAGCGGGCGGCAGCGGCGGCGCUCGGGAGGGCGGCGGAGCGGGCGACGCCUCUUGUCCUCCCUCCCGCAUCCAUCUCCUCGCCCCCCUCCUCCCCCGCCUCCGCCCCCCCCCCCCCCGCACGCAGUCACCGCUGUUCCCGGCACGGACAACAUGGCGGCGGUGUCGGGGGCCGGGGCUGCGAGCGGCUCUGCCAGCGCUGGCGGCCCGGAGAUGGUUCGGGGCCAAGUGUUCGACGUGGGGCCGCGCUACACCAACCUCUCCUACAUCGGCGAGGGGGCCUACGGCAUGGUGUGUUCUGCCUAUGACAACGUCAACAAAGUUCGAGUUGCUAUAAAGAAAAUCAGUCCUUUUGAGCAUCAGACAUAUUGCCAGAGAACUCUGAGAGAGAUUAAGAUCCUACUGCGCUUCAGGCAUGAGAAUAUUAUUGGAAUAAAUGAUAUUAUCAGAGCUCCGACUAUUGAGCAAAUGAAAGAUGUAUACAUUGUGCAAGACCUUAUGGAGACAGAUCUUUACAAGCUCUUAAAGACUCAACACCUCAGCAACGACCACAUUUGUUAUUUCCUUUACCAGAUUCUGAGAGGGUUAAAAUAUAUCCAUUCAGCCAAUGUGCUUCAUCGUGACCUCAAACCUUCAAAUUUGCUGCUUAACACCACUUGUGAUCUCAAGAUUUGUGACUUUGGACUGGCACGUGUUGCAGAUCCAGAUCAUGAUCACACAGGAUUCUUGACAGAAUAUGUGGCCACACGUUGGUACCGGGCUCCUGAAAUCAUGCUGAAUUCUAAGGGUUACACCAAGUCUAUUGACAUCUGGUCAGUAGGCUGUAUUCUGGCAGAGAUGCUCUCCAACAGACCUAUCUUUCCAGGAAAACACUACCUUGACCAACUUAACCAUAUCCUUGGUAUACUUGGAUCCCCUUCCCAAGAAGAUUUGAAUUGUAUAAUAAAUUUAAAGGCCAGAAACUACUUGCUUUCCCUACCGCACAAAAACAAGGUACCAUGGAACAGGCUGUUUCCGAAUGCUGACCCCAAAGCACUUGAUUUGUUGGAUAAAAUGUUGACCUUUAAUCCUCAUAAGCGGAUUGAAGUGGAACAAGCUUUAGCCCAUCCAUAUCUGGAGCAGUAUUACGAUCCAAGUGAUGAGCCUGUAGCUGAAGCACCCUUCAAGUUUGAUAUGGAGUUGGAUGACUUGCCGAAGGAAAAGCUGAAAGAACUGAUUUUUGAGGAAACUGCUAGAUUCCAGCCAGGAUAUCGAUCUUAAAUUGUGCAUAGGACAAGGACUUAAAGGACUGGGCAUGCUCAAAAGUUGCUGUUCCUCUUCCCAGUUCUUUAUUGUUGGUCAUGUCUUGUGGCCUCUCUCAGCUUAUCCACUAACUCCUUUGAGCCAUUCAGGAGGGCAGUUCCUGGUAGUUUUGGCUUUUCAUGCUUUCAAUGAAUCUUUUACGCCUGAAGAAUUGUAAUUGACACUCCUAUGCGUAAUGCCCAUUGUUGCAGUACUGUACUGUCAGUGCACCUACUGCUGGCCGUAUUUUAACUGCUUGCUUUCUGGUUUGAAAGAUGCAGUGGUUCCUUUCACUCCUGGAUCAAUAUCCAAGAAGAAAAUUCAUUAACCUGUAAGACGUUUACACCAUGAACUAUGUUUUUCUGACUUUACUGAAGUCGCUGGCAUUUUUUUUUAGAAAAGCUACUAUUCAGGGCACUUUAAGUCAGUGACAUCCCAGAUUUUUUUUGCACUUCCUUUUUAAAUAGAAAUGGUUUGCAUCCAACGGAGUUUCUACCAUUAUGCUAUGGAUUACAGCACAAGUUGUGUUCAUGUUAAUCUUGCUUAUGCACUUGCUUGGGUGUCCUGUGCUGUACAUACAGGUAUUCUAUACAGCAUAAGAGCCACAUAGGAACCCAACUUAAUUGAAUUCAACUAAGAAACAUUUUUUUUUCCAUGUAAUAACAAAAUUUGAUCCUUUUUCUCCCUGCCUUUUAAAAAUGAGAUCAUUUAAAGUUUAACCAUGUUGGAGGCAUAGUACUUCCAAAGUUCAUACCAUGUAGUGGUGUUUAUAAGACUUGUGCAAAGAGAAGGAGUGGCAGCUCGCCAGCUUGUAUUUACUGACUGUGUGUUGGAAGAUUAGCAAAGAACAUAAUGGCAUGAUGACCUCAUGGUGAAUGCUUUUCUCUGUGGAAGGCAUCCAUCCAUAUGUGGUGGCAAGCGAGAAACCAAAAUAUGAUGUUAAUAAACUCAGUCUCCAUACUGCAUACCAAUGAAAUGCUUCGAAUGAGGAUUAAUAGUUUUUACAUUUGAAUCUAAUCACUGACAUUCAGAAUUCCUGCAGAGAGGAACACUGCAUCUUUAAAUGAGAAAGUUUGAUUUUACUUUUGCUCCUACAGCAUGUCAGCAUCUCAAGUUCAUUUCUUGCAACCUACACUAUGGUGAUUUGUAAUCAAGCCUCCAUGAGCUCGUGACAUGAAGUACUGUUCUGUUGUCAAGUACUAUCAAACCUUUCUGAUAAUGCUGAGUUAGGACAACCAAACAAAGCUAGCACUAAAUAAUGUUUAAAAUUGUAUACCUUUUAAUGAUCUUUUCAAGUAUUUGUUACUGAAAUUGUAUAACGUGGAGUUUACUAGGUGUUAUGUUCCAGUGCAGUGCCUCCUUUUCUUUCCCCACUGCUCUCUGUGGUGAGAAAUUUGCCUUGUUUAAAAUAAUUACUGUGCCCUCGCAUGACUGUUAAAGCUUUCUGUGCAAAGAUGAUUGUCUAAGUGCCACAUGCCUAUGAUUGAGAAAAAAAAUAAUCUAUUGUUACCUCUGAGUUGUGUUCAACUGAAAUGCUAUUCAACAAAUAACUUAGGAAAAAUAGUUCUAUUUUUAGCUUUUCAUAUCUCUGCUGUCUUUUUCUCAUUUUAUUUUGGCAGCAGUGAAGAAUGGAUUGUAUAAAGACUGCUUGCUAAUAUGAACAAAAUGCACUUGUAAUUCCUGGAAAUAAAUUUAAAUCUUAUAUCUUCACAUUAACAUUAAGAAUUAGUUUUUGGUUUCCUCUUGGGUAAUGUGUUUGAAUGGAAAUCAGGUUCAAUUGCUACUGUAGUAUAUAAGGAUGCUUGCUGGUUAAUAACUCCAGGCUUCCUCAUACCGUUUAGUCUGCUCUUCAAAGAAAUCUAGAAAGCCAUUAACUUAGACUUCAAUAGAUAAGGGUGCUUACAAGAUUCCAUUAAAUUUUUUUAAUUUUUCCUAUAGUUUGAGUGUUAGUCUGCCAAAACUAAUUUUUAAUAAGCAAGGGUUCAUCAUUAAAGGGCAUUUUCUAUUAGGAAGUUCCUGUGGUACAUGAAUCUCUGUUGUGGGGAACAUAUUAGGAGCAUUGUCAGGACACUGCACAAGUGAUCAUUGAAUUGUGGUAUGGAAGCUAUGCUAAAAACAUUUCUAAAGAAAUAUGCACUUGACUGUUGAUACAAGUGUAGAAAUUUCUCUUAGACAUUUCUACACAUCUUUACCAAAAUGCUUUUCUCACUCAGUUUUGAAAAGUCAAAAUAGUUCUAGAGUCUCUCCUACUUGUUCGAUCACCAUUACUACAGUAAUCAUUUUUGGCAUGGUUGGAAAGAUGACUGUUACUGAAAUCAGUUUGUACCACCUCACUUUUAAUUUAUUAAGGAAGAACUUUGGCAGCUUUCUUCAUCCUUCUCUUUCCCAGUUAUUUUUUUUUUCUUUAGUUUUGUUUUUUUUGGGAGGUGUAGGCUUACCCUUGCAGUCUGUCUCCAAGUGAGAAGCCAAGGGUGUGCUUUACCUAACAUCUGGUGCUUUCAGGCUUUCUUCCUUAGCUGUUCUUGCUGAAUCCAAUUGGCAUCCAUCAGUACCAGUGACCACAUCCAGCAGUCUUGUACUGAAUUCACUAAACAUUGUUGGGUUGGAUUUGUUGAUGCGACAAAUGCAGAAGCACGAUUAUUUUUGUCAGGUUUUGAAAGCAGUUUAAAAGAAGGUGCCUAUAACAACACUGUGUUAGGUCGGUUAUUUCAUCAUUUCACACUGAUUUGUUUUUUCUUGAUGUAGUUUUUAUAUUUUAGAGCGGAGAACAGCAACUCUUAAUUGAAAUAACAUGCAUAUUUCAUGGUAAAGAUGUUUUGGGAAUAAGGAAUGUAAACACGUUCACUGUCAAAAACAUUCCAACCUUACAGCUGAAGAAAAAUAUGCAAACAUAAAAUUCUCAUGGAUGUUGUGGCAAAUAAGCAUCUUACUCUGCUGUCCUGACUGUCACCAGACUCUUCCUCAUCAGUAUCACACGUUCUAUCAAAUCUGAAGUGUACAACACACUACAUGGGCUGAGCGUUGUGGUGCACGAGGAGCUUUUGGGAGUAGCAGUGAUGACACAACUCGGCAGUGGCCAAAUGGAACCCGAGGAGCUGAGCAUGGUUUUCCUUCCAGAAUGAGAAAAUGAAAAACCUCUUGUUGCUGCCCACUGUAAUAUGCUACGAUAUAUUUAUACCAUGUCGAAGUUGUUUGCUGAGCAACUGUACUAUAGAUUUAAACUUUAUUAAUAUAUAUUUGCUUAUGUUAGUGUAGUUUAUAUAGUCCUUGGUUAUUGAUAAAUUUAUUGUGUUGUUACAGCACAGUGAUAUGGUAUAAAUAUAGGUCUAUACAUACACACCAUAUACUCAUUAAUUUGGUCCCUUGCAUAGUACUUUUAUAUUUGUACAGCAAUGUCUUCAAGCAAUCCCAGAUUUUAGGGGAAAUAUUUUUGUAAAUGCAGUGGUUUAAACAAAAAAGUCCAAACAAUCCUUUUACUAAGUUUUAAAUACAUUUGUGGUUCAAAAUGGUUUAGUUAACAAUUGAAAUCAAGACACUAAAUUAGUGAAAAGUGCACAUUAGUAAAGUGAAGCUUACAAUGUUUUUUGUAGCAUGUGCUGUGAUCAAACUAAGUGAAAUAUUGGAGGAAAUGUAAAAGUUGGACUACCUUUGUAAAUCUAGAACAAAUUUCUAACGGUUGCAGCUGGUUUACUUACUAUUGUUGCCUUUUCUUGUGUUGUAUCAGUGUAGAGCACUCUUAAAAUACUCAAACUGCUUUGUCUUUGCUUUGUACUGUUGGUGCCUUCUUAGUCAUGUACCCCACAAGUCCUGCAUAGCUAAUUUAGUUAAUGGUAAGUUUAAAAUAAAAAAAAGCAAAGGAAGAUUUUAUAAAAAAAAAAUCAUUUUCUGUAUGUUCUUAUUCAUUGUAACAAUUAAACGUUUAUAUUGUGACAGAUUUGUGAUUUGGUUAAUCUGUAUAGAUCAAUUGUAAGUAGCAAAGGUUUAUAUUUCGUCUUAUUCUUUUGAUGUUGUAAACGUAUGUGAUUUUCUUUUUUAAAUCAGGUAACUUAAUGUUCUGUUUUGUUUUUGGCAUCUGAAUCUUGUAAAAACAAAUGCAAAGAAAAUCAUUAAAUUGUGUCCCUGUAUUACCAAA